UCAACAGAUCGUUUAGUAAACCUGUCGACUCUGCUCUAAAUACAUCAAUCUCUGCUGUUACCGGUGCAGAAUUUUUGAACAUAACCGUGUAUACAAUCGGUGGAUUUAGACAGACUGAUGUGCAUUUGUUAAUGCGUAACCAAAAGCGUACCACCCGGCCGUGUACGAGCGUUAUCAGUUUUAAAAAGUUUUCACUUUAAUGUGUUGCAAUCAAUAACAAAAGACUAUGGCAUCGGGCUUGGAAAGUUACGUGAAUCACACGGUUUCUAUUAUUACCUCCGACGGCAGGAACUUUAUCGGUACCCUGAAAGGUUUCGACCAGACGAUUAAUAUAAUAUUAGACGAGUCUCACGAACGUGUAUACAGUACGACGCAGGGCGUAGAACAAGUAGUAUUAGGUUUACACAUCAUCAGAGGCGAUAAUGUGGCUAUUGUUGGAGAACUGGACGACGAGAUGGAUGCAAGAUUAGAUCUAUCAGCCAUAAGGGCCGACCCUUUGAGCUCUAUCGUACAUUAGUGAUCGCGAUCACGUCAUUGCUUGGUAACAAUAUCAACAGCAGCAACAACAACAACAACCAGAUCGACAGUAAUGAUAAUUAAAAAAAACAAUCUGUAACGGUGAAUAUAGUCGAUCGAAAAUACGAUCUCUUACACCCGGUCAUUGUAUAAACACGUCAUUUUUCGUGUCCGUCUUAAAGUAUCCGUUUCGCACGAGAUUGCUGUAGACAUCGACGUUACGAGAGAGAGAGAGAGGAGUGACAUAGAAAUCUAUAUUAGAAUCAAAGUAAUGAAGAUGGUACAAAAAAUGUUUUACUGUGUGAUGGUAAACUUUAUUUUUUAUAAAUGUAAUUUUCACCUUUUUAUCUCGAUAGGUAUUGUAAUAAAGGAAAAUAUAGAUAACGUAACGCUAAACAACGAUCGAACGAUUUUUUCGAUUUAAACAUAUAUAUGUAUAUAUAUAUGUUUUUUUAUAAUGUUAUUUAUUUAUUCUGUUUCUAAUACGAUUCUUCGAAGAGGAAGCAUCGUCUUCGUGCACCGAAGAUGUUCUUCGAAAUCACCGACUGCUGUACAUAGGGACAACGGAGACGAAGAUUUCAUGAUCGCUAAUCGAAUCGCUCAGAUUACACGUAGCACGUGGUUCGAAGACUUUUUACAUCCGCAAGGAACAAUAUUCUGAUGCAAGUAAAAAAGAAAAAAGAAAGUAUGCCCAUUGUAAGAGCGAUUUCAAAGUACCCUCUGUUACAAAAUAUUGCAUUUUCGUGUACAUACUAUAUUAUUUUUCUAUUUAUUGGUGCUUCGAUUUACAGUGACAAUUGAUAGGCCUCAUUUAAUCAAUCGCUACUCUUCCUCCGUCGCGUCGUAUCUUGAUCUAAUUCACAUAAUUCACUUGAAACGGGUCCUAGAACCAGACCAGUGAUCACGUGCACGUGUAUAUAAACAUACGGUGUUAUUUAUACAUAAUCUCCGUUGUAUGCAUGGAAGACGUAAAGAAAGAAACAUAAAAAUAAAUCGACUGUUGGUUCGUAGUA